CAUUGGCAGUAGCCAGUGUUGGUGAAGGUGAUGAGUUUAAGAGGGACCUCUGGCAAGAAAUGGAACUAGCCACAGAAAACCUCAAGCUGGAUAAGAGCAGAGUAUUCUUCAAUCUGAAGGAGCUACAACAGCAUCAUGCCGGACUGGCUCAACAGCUCCAAACUGCAACUCCCUUCGUCUUCCAAGUCCCAGAAACAACAGAGGAGGCCAUGACAGUGCUUGCUGCAACACCUUCCAUUCAGUUUUCCUUUGCAGCUCUAGCAGUGACACUUUGUGCACGCCUUGCAUUGGGACCACUGGGAGUUACAGACUUGGGGAUCCUGAUUGGCACCAAGAUGUUCUGGGAAAUUCAGGAAUGGAUUGUCCAUACUGAGCUAUUCCACGGCAGUAAAGACAUGACAUCCAUUGGUCCCUUUGAGAGUCAUGAUAGACAUCACAUUCUUCCUUACUAUCAUGUUUCCACGGAACCUCUGCCAUUGGCAGUUGGGUUUUAUUUACUUGCUGCUACUAUUGCUGUGGCAGCAAUGUCCUUUGGAGCACCUGCUGCUCAGGCCAUGACAUGGCUUGGAUCCUACACUGCCAGUGGCAUUGGGUACAUGCUUCUGCACUUUUUGGCCCACACUAGACUAAGCUGCCCUUGAAGGGUUGGCUACAAGAGGCUAGAGCUCAUCAUAUCAAGCACCAUUUGGAACCAACAAUCAACAUGAAUAUUG